UGCGCGCGUGCGUCUGUGGGGGAACCUGCGCGGAAGCGGAACCACUGACGGAGGGAAAUUUAAAAAGUGCGGACUGCUCAAAGUGACAGGAAGCGAACAGGACAACCGGCGCAGCUCGGGCGCUUGGAGAAAUAAGUUCGCCAAUUAACACCAGCAGUCGGACAAUAUUAACACAAAAAGAACAUAAAAUUCGUUUUGAAGCGAGUACAAACCGCAGUGUCACAAAAAUGGAGACUUAUCACGAUCAGAUUUUCGACUCACCCUCUAAAAACAGUUACAUCGGGAGCUAUUACCAGCCUCCCAACAGGAUUGUACCCACAGCGAGACAGCUUGAGUUUCCUGGCCGCUCAUCCAACAGCACCGACCCACAGAUGACUACCAAACCCAAAAUAGACAGCACAGCUGUUGUUGAUGCACUGAAGACCCUGCAGGAGAAAAUCAGGCGGUUGGAGCUGGAAAGGAAGCAGGCGCAGAAGAGCUAUGGUCAAUUCUCUCAGGAUGCUUGGAGGCGUCCAGAGGUCACAGGCUCUCUCGCGGUGCACAGUCAAGCUGUAGCUGGCCAACCUGCGACUGGUAACUCGGGCAAGAAAGAGCUGGACUCAAAGAUGCAGUCUGCAGAGACUCGGUGUAAGGUCCUCGAGAAGCAGCUAGACUACAUGAGGAAGAUGGUUGAAAGCGCUAAGAAGGAGAGGAAUGUCCUCAUGGAGAAUCAGGCUUCACUGCAAAACCAGCAACCGUGCAGCUCAAACACCCAAUGUCAGCGGGAUAAACUGGAGAAACUCGAAUCAGAGUGUCUUAAAUUGAGUCAGACACAAACUCUGGCAGAGACAAAACUUGCCAUUCUUGAGCAAAAACUACUGAAAGAAGAGCAUGAGCGUAAAAUUGUCCAGGAAAAAGCUGACCAGCUCCAGAGGGAGCUGGAGAUCAACUUUCAAUUGUCUGUGCCGACUGCUGAUGAAAUUAAGCCAAAGAAGAAAACCCCAAAAAACCCCAAGAAAACCUCCAGACAGACCGAGCUGCCGUCACCAAGGGGCCCGAGGCACAAAAUAAUGCCAUUUGUCGCGGGAACGUCGACAAGCCCAAGCCAUUCGGUCCACGCCAACGUACAAAGUAUUCUCCACAUGAUGAAGCACCAUCAGCCACAACUGUGUGAACGAGUGAGCACACUGCACAGGUCUGGUUGUGGGGCCAAGAAAAGUCUCCAAAGGGACUUUGUUUCAUCUUCCACAACAUCUCCAGAGACUGACGGGGAUCCAAUACAAGCGGAGCAUCCACUGGGCUCACUUUCUGAGCUGCUCUUAGCUCUGCAGGACGAGCUGGGACAAAUGAGCUUUGAGCAUCAAGAGUUGGUCCAUCAGAUAGAGUCGACCCAACAUUGCAAGCAGAAGCCGGAUCUUCAGAGAGAAUUGGAGAGUUUGAUUGCCAGGAUGGAGGAGAAGGGAGCUCAGAUCACGAAGCUCCGUAAACAUCAGCAGAAGGUCCAUAAAUUGUGUGCUGAGGAACACGCAGCCAAGACGUCGGGUGCGAUCAGACCACCUGUACCCUCUCCCGUGAAGGCUAAGAGUAAGAGAACGAAAGGUGGGGCCAAUCACAACAACCUGCAGCUUCUUCGAGACACACAGAAGUUCAGAAACAGCCUAAAACAGGAUGACCUCUCCUGGGAAACGUGAGGUUCUGAGACCGUUUUUCUGUCUUCAGCUGGUCGAACCACGAAACUCUUUAGGUUCCCCAUCCGCCGUUUUUUUUCCACUCUUCAAAUGGCCUUUAGGACGCUUUGAUCACGUGCUCAUAAAACCUGUGUUUUUUAAUUAAAUUAAAUAUUUUCCAUACAGGGUCCUUUUUAUGAAUAUUUUAGUUCAGGAAUAAAACUCAUCUCAAACGACACUGGAUUGAUCUAUUUUUAGUGUUUUCACAUUCUAAUAAAGCUUUUUGCAUAUUUUA